AUGCAAGAUGAAAUUGGCUCGGAAACUGGAGGACACGUGGCUGCGAUUUCUUCAUGUUGGCUCACCUAUACAGUAAACGGCAAUUGCCGCUUGAGGUGGACAAAUUAUCUGAGGCCUGAUAUUAAGCGAGGAAAAUUUUCAUUUGAAGAAGAAGAGACUAUUAUUCAGCUUCACAGUGUCCUUGGCAACAAGUGGUCUGCAAUAGCUGCCCGACUUCCCGGCAGAACCGACAACGAGAUCAAGAACUAUUGGAACACGCACAUUCGAAAAAAGCUCCUACGAAUGGGUAUUGAUCCAGUGACCCACAGCCCACGAUUAGAUCUCCUGGACCUCUCCACACUCUUCAAAAACUCAUCUUUGGACCAAACCUCACAAUCCCACAUCAACUUCUCCAGGCUGCUAGGGCUACAGCCCUUUAUAACCCCCGACCUAUUACGCCUCGCCACGUCACUCGAAUUUCUCUUCAACACUGAUAAUAAUAAUAAUAACAAUAAUAAUAAUCUCCAUCAUCCCCACCUAAUUGUCGAUAAUUCCCAAAUCCCCUCACCUUUCCCCCAAAAUUUCCAAACCGCCCAAAUUACCCCAGCUCAAGACUUGACCGUUCCCCCUACCGCAAGUAGUAAUUCCCUAUUAUUCGAAAACGAUAUCGAGCAGAUUUCCCAGAGUCUCAAUGGGUUUGGGCCGGGCCCAACUAGUGAUUGGCAACGGGCCGAAGGCGGGUCGGGCUGCGGGUAUUAUGGGUCGGAUGGGUCCGUUGUGGGCCCGGACACGUCGUUUCAUUCCAACGGCAGCAAUAGUUUUGGGUUUCAGUCGGUUUUAUCGAGCCUGUCGACACCAUCCUCAAGCCCGACACCGCUACACGAGUCGAGCUCGGGUUAUUAUAACAAUAGUAAUAAUAUGACCGAAGAUGAAAAGGAGAGUUACUGCUGUAACAUGUUAAAGUUUGAGAUUCCGGAGAUUUUAGAUGUCAAUGAUUUUAUAUGA